AUGCCGAUACCCAAGUUCAGCUACAGCGUUACCAGAGAUUAUCCUUAUCAAUGGUCCACGCCUGUCGCCAUCAUCGGGGGCAUUCUGUUGACAAUUCUGUUCUCAGCCAUCAACUUUUACUCGACGGCCUACACCAUAGUAUCUUACACUACCUCAGAUAUUCAGAGUGUCGAGGCCGGGAGAUUCACCGGACCAUUUGCAGGUCUCUUUGCAAGCAAAAUACAGCCCAGCUGCCAGGAUGCGGUGAUCCUCGUCGGGUCUACCUUCUAUACUAACCAAUCAAUCUUACCGUACAAAGUGAUAACCGCUACGGAUCCUGCGAUCAGUAGUGGUCUAGCACCGACGUACCACAAUGAAAUUAUCCAAAGCUGCUCGCCUCUCGAGGUAGCGCUAGACUUCUCGACGUGGUUGGAUAGACCUGGUAAUCAAGUCAAUGUUUCGGCCUGGGGUCUAAGCAUCACCGUCACGAUGAAAUGUCUCGGUGGGACUAACGACAACUUCUUUGAUGUACAGACGCAAUUCAAUCCAUUGGACCCAACUGGUUCUAUUCGGCAAGUCAACAUCUGGGGAGACUCCCAAGCCCCCAACACACCAACACAGAGUCAUUAUCUACCAUGGGUACAACAACUUAUGCUAGGAUUCUGGCUCGAGACUGUGACCGCCAUGACGAACCAAACACUCCGAGCAAUGGAGCCUGGAGACACGGUACCGGAAUAUAACUUGACCAGUGGCUACAUCCACUUGGACGCUUCUGAGUCUUGGGGGAAGUCAAUGAAAGACGAUGAUUUCUUCACAGGGACGUCUUGGGUCUUCCUCGACUUCUUGAGAGACAAACGAUAUGCAGGAUCUACCAAUACUAGCUUUUAUUCUACGGCCAACAACACCGCAUGGUCACGUAUCUGGUCGCCUGUCGAUCGUCUGGCAAAAGCGGUAUUGUCCACAGUGUAUGGUGAUGUCGGGUUAUUGGCCCUACACAAUGGUGAAAUCGUACAAUUGAACCCAGAAGGGAGCAUGAUAUCCAGCCCCGACACGAUACAAUACUGGAUGGCCAAUAUUUCCACCAUCUUCGAUCAAAGUGUCAUAGACAUAAGCACCUUGUCCAGCUAUCAGCAACUUCAGACGCUAAGUCGACGCGCUGCGGAGGCAUCUACGGGCAGUUCUAAUUGGUUGCUGCAGGAGGACGGUAUUCCCGAUGCAAUUUUGCACACGUUUUCGACAAUCACCACGAGUUAUGUGUGUCAGUACGCCCAGCUCAAGUCUCAUGUCAAUAUCUUCAUCUCGAUUCUCGUUGCCGAUCUCGUCUUUUUGCGGGCGGCUUGGUCGCUCUACAACUNNUUUUUGGUCGGCUACUUUCUCAAAAGCCGACGUUCGGACGCAAACAUGUGCAAAGAGUGCCUGACACGGCAGAAAAAGGACGAAGAACAAGCAGGAGAGGAAAACAAGAGACAGGAGUCAGCAACGGCGACAGAUCUAUCAGCGACUCAUAUGCCACCAGCUCCUUCUGAUACUGAUACAAUGCAUGAGCACGACCAGCAAACGAUACAGCUUGACGAUUUGAUAGACCCGUCUGUACGGCAAGAGAAUCAGCAGUGUAUGCAGAGCCUACUAACCCACCGACACGUCUGA